AUGGCCAGUGUGGCCGAAGCGUUCCAGACGGCCCUUUUGCAAGCUUUCGUCCGUGGUCGCACUCGUCCUCGUCUCCACCAUCGGAGCCCCGCUGCUGCCAUCUCAUUGCUUCCAAUGUUCAGUGCCGGUGGAACACAGUGCGCGGUUGAUGGGGAAUUGUGUACGACACGAGACGGUUCCCAAAUCCCGCGUGGUCGUACCGCACAGCACCGAGUGUCGCCUUCUGUCGGUGCCUGA